CCGCGGCCGACGAAAUUUUAGAAAAAUUAUUUUGGGGAAAAAGUUAGUUAAAAAGAACAAAAAUAAUUAGGGCUAGUUAGUGGAUGGUAGUGGAAAUCCGUGACUUUGAGGCCGCAUAACUCACGCAUUCACCAGACCCCUCGUCGGAGCCUGAACUUUGCGUUUUGUUUGAGGAAACCUUCAGCGAGCCUCGAAGUCGAAGUGGAAGUAUUUUCGGCGAAAGCAUUCGGUCGGCCUGGUUCGCUAGUCCUUUAAAGCAAAAUACCCCUCGACACCCUUCCGCCAGCUGCCGCCCUGAUUGCGAUGGAAAAUUCUUUCCUGUGAAAUACAAGCGCCGCGCACGGCCCAAAUUUCCCAAAGUGGUGGCCCCGUCGAAGUGGGCUGUCUUGUGAGGCUCAUCCUUGAUCAGGAUCCGCCAAAGGAAUCAGCUGGAACCACCAGCGGUGUGCGGUUGUGUUCGUUCAGUUCCGCCAAAGAUCGAGCCAAAAUGUCCGUGGUGCGAACGAAAGUUCUCGGUUUGGUGGACGUGAUUAUGCGAGUGCCGAGCUUGUUUAUCAUCGACGAAAUCCUCAAGAUGGGCAUGGGCGUUCCGUUAGCCAAGGCGCCCGUCCAGUCGGCCAACCUCACGACCAGCCAGCUGCAGCCUUCGAUGCUGUUAAUGCCCUCCGCCGAGGACGACCGGGGCGUCGGUGUGGAGGACAACAUCGAGCUCUACAAAUUCAUCUCGAUGUCCGUGCUGAGAUUCCUGCUCUGCUCGUUCGGUGCUAUCAGUGCAACAUGCGUGUUUAUGCUGUGGACAAGACAUUUAGUGAUAGUAUAUAUGUACGUGAUAUCCGUCGGAUUGAUAUUCCUGUCGUACUGGAGCAAUGUCUCAGCCUUGACGCUAAUAUCGGACAGUCCCAGCCUGCUCGAGGACAUACUAUCACUAAACAUGGAAAGGUUGCUCGAUCCCGGCGGCGUGCUCAUAUCGAUAGUACCACAUCUGCUCGCCCAAUGGCUCAUGGGAGUCAUCUUCGCCUAUAUUCAUUUGGGACCUAGGUAUAAAAUUACGCAAAAAGCCUUACCGUUUAGUUUCCUGAUGCCACUGCUCCUUGCCAUGCUUCCACUUCCCGCGGUGGUUCUCAAACAUUCUCCAGCGUUUGCCGCAGUGUUGCCACUGAUACUGUCGAAAAUUGCGCUCUGGAGUUCAUCGUUCGAUGUUGUUAAAACUAUCCUUAGCGGAUACCAGCACGCGCGGGCGUACGCAGGGAACUUUGGCAUCGCAACGCUCAUCGAGAACGAGUGGCAGCGGCUCAAUGUGCCGUCUGUCUUACGCGUUUUCUGGAGUAUCCGCAUAGCGGAACAUUUGAUCAGUCUGCUGAUGUCCUCGGACGCUCCGCUGUACUUUGCGGCCACGAUGAAGACGUUGCUGGUGAGCGGCUGUGAAACGCUGACCGCCGUGCUUGGCAUGACCAGCAUUAUCUCGCUCAUCUGCCACUACAUUGGCAAGAUGGUGCAGCUGUUCCUGCUGUCCGAGGACUACGAUGAGGACAAAUCGAUUGGUACGGUCUCGGCAAUACUGUUCUACAUACUGGCGCUCCAAACAGGUCUGACCUCGCUGUCGCCAGACAAGCGCUUCAUUAGAUUGUGUCGCAAUAUGUGUUUGCUGGUGACGGCUUUGUUGCACUUUCUGCACAACAUAGUUGCACCCAUACUAAUGUCACUAAGUGCCGCCCGCAACCCUUCGCGAAAGCGACACGCACGUGCGUUAAUGGUUUGUGCUUUUCUUCUAAUCGCGCCGAGCUCACUGCUCGCCGUACUAUGGUCACGUCACACCCUUUCCACGUGGUUACUGGCCGUCACGGCUUUCUCGGUGGAAGUGAUCGUAAAGGUCUUGGUUAGUUUAGCAACCUAUACCCUCUUCCUGCUCGAUGCCCGGCGUCAAACGUUCUGGGAGAAGCUGGACGACUAUGUGUACUAUAUCCGUGCAUUCGGUAAUUCGGUGGAGUUUUGCUUUGGUAUUUUCCUGUUUUUCAACGGAGCCUGGAUAUUGAUAUUCGAAUCCGAAACGAUUCCCAUAGGCGGUGCCAUACGCGCACUGAUGAUGGGCAUCCACGCGUACUUCAACAUCUGGUGCGAGGCCCGAGCCGGCUGGGGUGUGUUUAUGAAGCGGCGGACAGCAGUGCACAAGAUAUCAUCCCUUCCCGAAGCGUCUGUCGCCCAAUUGAGACAUUUUGAUGACGUGUGUGCUAUUUGCUACCAGGAAAUGACGUCUGCCAAGAUCACACGUUGCAAUCACUACUUCCACAGUGUUUGUCUGCGAAAGUGGCUAUACGUGCAAGAUCGAUGUCCGUUGUGUCAUGAGAUCAUUAUGAAUCAAGAUGGAACCCCGGGCGAAGAGACCGUCCCCGAUGAGCAUGUGAACGACAAUGAACAUGCCCCAGAUGCAGCCUCGCAGUCGUCGCAUCAAAAUAGUCUUCAAGGUCCUAAUAGCGCAUCUAGCACGACUAACGCUGCGGGA